UGCUGCUUUCUAGGACACUGGGAGAUGGGCAGUAGGACUGGCCGAGAAGAGUGUAAUCAAAACCAGAAUUGUGUCAGCAGCCAUGUUCUGACUGGUUUUGUUGGUUUAUAUUAAGCCUGGUGUACUAAAACUAGUAACUACAGAGGAAUUUCUCAGUCUGGAAGCAAGCUGUCAGUGGCUCAUGGUGAUAAUAUUUGUCCCACCACUAUGUGAGUACAAUGGGAUGCAGCCAUGCCUCUUAACACCCCAGCUCAGUUUGUCCUCUGAAGUCAAGCAGAUCAGGAGAAAGAAGAGCUCUCCAAAAACGUUCAGGUGCUGCAAGACAUGACUCCAGUUAUCUGAACACCACCCACCAGCCCCUGUGGGACCAGGGUGAUCCACCUCACUGUGAUCUCGUAUUGCAAGUUGUGAAUUGAGUUGCUUGAGUGGGAACAGAAAGGGUUGAGACCCCAUUUUCAGGAGGUCAAAAGCCCAAUAUAGUAACAGCUGCUGGUUAGUGGUGUGAAUUCCAGGAAAGGAUGUGGGUAACAGCAGCCAAGGCCAGGCAGAGAGGUGGACAGAACGACCUCAGAUACUGGCACUGACAGCUGCACUCAAAGCGAGGAAGCCAGCAGCAGACAAAGGGAGCGUUUCCAAAUUCCUCUGCACCACCCUGCUCUCGAGAGGUGGGGACUGAAAUUCUUUGAGAAGGAGCAUAUGCAAACAGUUCCUAAAAGAGAUGUCCGGUUUACAACACUGUGAUCAGCGUGGAAAGGGAAACUGCAGCAAAAACAGACCGGAGCCUUGCUUUCCCCCACCCGAAUUUUUCUACCACCACGGAAGCUUCUCACUUCAGUACACAAGUCUGUCCAUCCCUGCGAAGGGAGAGGAGAACAACCCGCACCUUCCGACCUGGUGGUGUGAGACACGAAUUCGAGGUGGAAAGAGCUGGUCCUGCUUUACAGCCGGACAGUGACAACCUGGGGACAGUGACAGCAUGGGGACCCUCGGUUAGUGCCCACAAUUAAGCCGUGUCUUCCCUCUGCGGGAUCGCCCAGUGGAUAUUUGUCCUUCCUGGGAGUCCCAGCCGCGCACCAGGACAACGCCUUAAACUGUGUUCAAGCCCAGUAAUCACCCUCGCUCUCCUCCUCUUCUGCCUUUCUAAAGACAGUUCAUUGCUGAGUGAAAUUUCCGAAAAGAAGGAGGAGAAAGGAAAGCUGCAGUUAGAAGGAAAGGGAUUCUCUCCCCACAAACAAACAGCAAGAGACCCUGGAGCCUGGGAGAGGGAAGUGUGGACAGCGGAGAGAUCGAAGCAGAGACACCAGGGCAGGAACUGCAAGCAUUGGAGAGAAAUAGAGACUAAACGGAGGGGUGGGAGGGGAAUAAAGAUAAGGUGAUAGAAAAUAGGAAGGGGGAAGAGAGAAGAAGGGAGAGGAAAUGCACAUGCGGUGUCCCCAAGUUUGGGCGCGGAGGCAGAGCUUGUUGCUUGUUGUCUGACCAGCCCGGCGCUCCGGGAAGGACAGUAUCUGUUUAGAUUUGUGUCUAAAUUUAAACCCUGAUUGCCUUGCCUCCCCCUCCUCUCCCCUCCCUCCCUCCCUUCCUCUCACCCACCCGCCCUUCUUCCUUGUUCGCAGUGCAGGGCCACUCGCCGGGCUCUGUCAGUGCGGGCUGAGCAGCCCCUGGCAUCUCCCGGCCCUCCACGGCGGCACGGCUCAGCUUUUCCCACAGAGAACAGGGAAAGGGGUGGGGAAGAAAGAUUGCCCCGAGGACACCUCUCUCUUGCAGGACAUGGAGAACAGGCCAGCAGAGACCAACUCAGAGGUGGACAAGUCAGCAUCACCCUCAGUGGCUCAGCUAGCAGGGAAGUUCAAAGAGCAAGCAGCCAAUAUCCCUGGAAAAGAGGUACCACCACAUAAGCCAACUCGGAGGAAACCACCCUGCUCCCUUCCCUUGUAUUCCCACAAAACUGAGACAAGUGACAAUGAUGAGCAAAAGCGGUCGCCAAAUGCUUGCCCCAUUCCCAAGGUCAAGGUGAAAAGUUCACCCAUGAUUGAAAAGCUGCAGGCCAAUCUGGCUUUUGCUCCAGCUGCUCUGCUGCCGGGAGUGUCUCCCAAAAGCCCUGGGAUGAAAGUCCUGGUUUCUCCAUUCAGCACACCUCCCUCAACGCCCACCAGCCCAGGGAGUCAGUCCCAGCCCAGCGAGACGCCAGUCAGCUUUGAUCAGCCCCCAGAAGGCACUCAGCUGCAGUUCUACAACAAGGUGCGGACGCGGGGAUCGAUCAAGCGCCGGCCUCCCUCCCGCAGGUUCCGAAGAUCUCUGUCCGAGUACGGAGACGGGGAAGAUCUAGGGGUCAGCUUGUCCUCCCCAGAAAACGGUGCCAGGGAAGAUGAGGUCUUUGGGCCCAAUGGAAAGACAGAGGAGGUGGAAACAGGGAGCAAAGAGCAAAAGAAACGGGCAGGGUCUGACGAGAAGCCAGCGUCAAGGACGGGGUCCAGCAGAUCAGAGGAUGAAGAAAAAGGGAGCAAAGAGCAGAAGAAACAGGCAGAGUCUGAUGAGAAGCCCCCAUCAAGGAGAGGAUCCAGUAGAUCAGAAGAUGGGGAAAAAAGGGAAAAACAGGCAGAGGAAAUUACUCCUCGCAAGAAUAACACAGGGAAUACAAAGGAGGAGGAAGUGUGUCAUGACGGGCCAGGAGAGGAGAACUCUCCUCAGCCUCCCUCUGGAAACAAUGAAAUGUGUGACAGUCCCCAGGGAGAAGAGCAGCAAAGCACUGCCUGUGAACAAGGAGAGGGAGACAAGGAGAAGGAGGAAGCUGAAGCUGAAACAAAGGAGAGCAGUGAGAGCACAGACACACAGAGAACAUCAGACACUGAGGAAACAGCACUGGCACCUGAAGCGCUGCAGGAUGCAGUGGGAUCAGGGACUGCCAGUGAGCCUUCAGUGUCAGUCACGCAGGACCAGGGCACAGCGUAGCUGUGACACACAGGUAAGGUGGGCCAGCCUGAUUCUGGCUGCUGAGGCACCUGAGGGUUUUGCUGUUUGCAAAAAUGGCAACUGUGACAGAACACAACAACGAUUUUGCUGCUCCCCAUAUGCCAAAAGCCUCAGAUCUCAGGCCUGCAGAGACUGUGAGGCAGUCAAACAACCAGCCCUCCUGGGUGGUGUUACAGAGAGGAUGGAAAAGAAGCAAAGCUGAUUGUGCAUUCAGUAUAAUGGAGAGGCUCUGCUCAUGAGGCACCCUCCUGCAUUGCGGUUUUGAAAGCAAUCUGAAAGUUCUUGCAGUAAAACGCACAUUUCCCCAGCAGUAACCAUGUACACACUAUAUCACUAUGGCUCCUUACAUAGAAAUAUUUAUAUGUGUGCACAUGUUGUAUGUAUACAUGUGUACAUAUAUAUAUAUAUAUGUAUAUUCCCUAUGUGUUUAGCUUGUUAGCUUUGCCAGCAAACCCAGGGCACACCAGUUUCACAAUCAGCUCUGAAAGCAUGCAAGCAUGGGCCUUUGCCACUGAAAUAAAAGAGGAUUUCCACUGGCUGAAGCAGGCCUUGUUGCAUACACUUUCUUGGCUGUUCUGUAACCACUGAUGACAUAGCCUCAGAUGCCUGAGGAUGUGUCUCAUCCCAUCUCAACCACCUGCUCUUCAAAUGCUUCCUUGGUUUGGCAGGGAGCAGCUGAAGGAAGGAUUCCCGUGGUCAGGCUGCAGCUCACCUUUGCUUCCUAACACAGAAACCACCAAAGCACCCCCAGGACUUCCCAGCACUGUCUUUGCUUAGACCCAUGAUUAUUUUUCAUUAUUUCCUUCCUUAUUUUCCCCUCUCAAAAGGACACACCCCAUCAGUGCUGAGGAGAUUUAACAUGUGGAUAGGAGCCAUCUAACCCAGUCGAGGUGGAAGCUACUGGAAAACCUUCAGUGGCAGGAGAGGAGCAGAAUGCAGAAUUCCCCUGAGCUCCAGACUCAGCACAGAGCUGAGUGGCCACUCGCUGGCUCUCUGCUUUGCACCAUCAUAUUUUGGGACAGCUGGAACAUGAGAUUGUUUGCAAUUUCUUCAGGAUUUCAAAACUCAGGUGUUGGCUGGCGUUCCUUGGUGAAAUCUGGGGACUGAGAGACCUGAUACUUGAUGUCCUGGAGCCAACAGCCACCACCACUCAUGGUCCUUCUGCUUCUUCAUCCUGCUCCAAAAUGUGUUUUUCUUCUCCCCUGCACUGGUCUCAGAUGAAGUUCGUCAGUUACAUACAUACAUACAUGUAUGGUGCCUUUUUGGUAGCUUCUUUUAAAGGACUUUGGGUUUUAAAAUUUCAGUAAAUAAUAUUUUAACAAUAGGAUACAGUUACGUUUUCUCCAUAUGUGCUGUAUGGCAGACAAUGUGAACCCUGAACACGGGGAAAACUCCUACAACAUUGAUCAUAAAAAUAUAUAAAUAUAAAAUAUAAAAAUAAAAUCCCUUUGAAGUGGAGCUGAUCUGUGAAGCAGCCACCUGUGGUAGGCUGAUAGGUCCUGUGUGCUUCAGCUUUGGGGUGCUUUUAGUGUGGUGGAAAAUGACAACAGCAGAUUGUAUGCAAAGGAAAGAUGGGCUGAGUAGGUCAAUAGGGCAGGUUCUCUUAUCUGGCUCUGGGCUCCAGGCCAGAUUUAGAAGGGCUGCUUGUCCAUCACUCUUUCUCACUUCCAAACCCUACCCAGUCUGUUUUGAAACUUCUGGUGUUUGGUGGGCACCAAGAGCCACUCAUUACAGAACGCAUCCCAGCUUCCUGUAUAAAAGACAAUUAAUUUUGUGCAGGUCAAAGAGGAAGUCUUAGCUGGCUGAAUUUCCAGUGGCAUGGCCUGGCUAAACUGGCAAAGCUCAGGCAGCCAGUCCCUCCAAAGCACUUAUGCCCUGUACCAGAUCUGCAUUCACUCUUGGGCUACUGGAAGUCACGGGCUAGCAGUCACUACGAUUUAAAUCUGGAGGAUAUUUGGGGGAAGGUGGGUGUCAGAGCCUCACUUGACCCUCUUCCUGACAGCAGUGCCUGAAGCUGUGUUGGCCACACGGAACAACAUGUCCGUGCUGUGACGUGGGCUGAGAGAGCCAGCAGCUCUUGCCCUCCUGAACCAUCAUGGCCUUGUUGGCAGACACGACCUCCACACCCUUUCUGAGCCAUGCUGUGGAGCAUUGUUGCCUUUGAAUCCAUUUUAUUCUGCUUGCUCUAGCUUGUGUCCCAGGGCAGGCUGCAGUCGCUGGCUGCCCCUGUUUCCUCCCUCAGCAGUGUCCCACCUGGAUGUGAGUGUACUGUACAUAUGUGUGCCUGUGUAUGUGUGUCCCGAGCACGGGAAUGGAAACCCGAGGGAGAAACAGAAUAAAUAAAUAAAUGGUGGAAUAAAACC